UCCUAUAGGAUGCCUAUGAGUCGGAAUCGACGCGGUGGGGUUUGGCAUUUUUUAAGCGGGUGGUGGGUUCAAACCGCCGACCUUUCUGUUAACAGCCGAGCACUUAACUACUGCACCACCAGGCCUCCUUGAACGACCAUUGCUGAGCAGUAAAUUAAACCAGUUCCAAGAACCCUUAACCAAUUUGAGCUUUCCUGUUGAAAAUGUGGAAUGAUUUCAAAGUUGCACUUCUGGCUGUCUGAUAUUUGAGUACCUUGAAAGGGGAAACUUUUCUACCCUUAGAGAAGAAAUGCUUUCAUACUUUUGUGAUUCUAAGAGCUGGGGUCAGUGUCUUACAGGAGUGUAAAUGUCCUAAUAAAUAUGAAAUAGGGCUACACAGGGUUAAUAGCUAGAUCAUGUAUGUAACAGUGGGAUUGACUGAUGGCUAGCCCUUAAUGAUUACGUUUGGGAUGGUCAGAUAGGAAUAGGCAUAAAUGAGAAUAUCUUGUAUGAGCAAGAGAAACAUUUUAUAGCUUCAUUGCGUCCACAAUUUGCCAGAUGUUGAGCGUGAAAAGUAUCGAUAGUCGUAUAUACAUAACAUCCGUUAAUAAUACAACCAUGAUUAAGUUGGUUCCUGACCGCGCAAGGACGAAUCCCGGAACUUUGCUGCUGGGACACUUCUGCGGGAGGGACCGGAAGAAGAGGUGGAUCCUUUCUGUCGCAAUGUGGGGAGGCCGCAGUCUUUGUUCGUCUGGGGGUCGUUUUUUAGAAGUGCUUGAGUCUGGAUGCCGGCGCACACUGGCCGACUGUCCUCGUCUAGCCUCGGCGGCUAAUUCAGAGAAUAAUCUCAGUUGGAUUCUACAAAUUAAACCAUGGGUUUCCACUGAAUACAGAACCAUGAAGUUGCAAUCCUAUAGGAUGACCUUUGCCUCUAUGAAUAAAAUGAAAAGUUACAGGUACCCUGUAACAAGACCGUACAGUACUUCGCAAACCACUGUAGACAGCAAUGAAGUAAAAACCUUCCGGGCCCUGGCUCACAAGUGGUGGGAUGAGCAAGGAGCAUAUGCACCUCUUCAUUCUAUGAAUGACCUAAGAGUGCCAUUUAUUAGAGACAAUCUUUUGAAAACAGUUGCUGAUCACCAGCCAGGAAAACCUUUGUCUGGGAUGAAGAUUCUCGAUGUUGGCUGUGGUGGUGGAUUGUUAACUGAACCUCUAGGGCGGCUUGGGGCUUCAGUUAUUGGAAUCGAUCCUGUGGAUGAGAACAUUAAAACAGCACAACAUCAUAAAUCAUUUGAUCCAGUCCUGGCUAAGAGGAUAGAGUACAGAGCAUGUUCUCUGGAAGAGAUUGUGGAAGAAACUGUAGAAACAUUUGAUGCCAUCGUGGCUUCCGAGGUUGUGGAACACGUGGUUGAUCUAGAAACAUUUAUACAGUGUUGCUGUCGAGUGUUAAAACCUGGUGGUUCUUUAUUCAUUACUACAAUCAACAAAACACAACUGUCCUAUGCCUUGGGAAUUAUUUUUGCAGAGCAAAUUGCAGGUCUUGUACCAAAAGGUACUCAUACAUGGGAGAAGUUUGUUUCACCUGAAAAGCUGGAGAGCAUUCUGGAAUCAAAUGGUCUGUCAGUUCAAACUGUGACAGGAAUGCUCUAUAACCCCUUCUCAGGCUUCUGGCAUUGGAGUGAAAAUACCAGCCUUAACUAUGCAGCUCAUGCUGUAAAAUCCAAGGUAGAGGAACCCCCAGCACCUGCAGAGCCUGUUCUAAAUGAGGAGACAGAGGAGCUCCGAGCUAACAUCUCCGCCAACCCAGGUGUACAUGAAGAGCUGAAGAAAUGAAUCAUUUCUGAGGACUGUGGUAAUAUGACUUGAUGUUUACAAGUACAAAAAAAUAUAUACAGGAAAUCCCUGGAUUACAAAUGAGAUCUGUUCUUGUGUCUUUAAGUCAAAUUUGUAGGUAAAUCGGAACAGGUUAUUAUUUAGCCUUACUUUAGUGCAAGAAGAGGCUCGAAGGCUUUUCAAUUAUUUAAAAGCUGCACAUGCAGCAAGUGAAGGUGAUUGUGAUGAAGAAUUUGUUGUGAGUAGGGGUUGGUUCAAUGGUUUCAAAGUGAGGAGGGCAAAUUACAUGACAUUAAGGGGUAAGUAUGAGUUGUCCGUAUCGGAAGUUUGUAACCUGGGAGACUGCCUGUAGCUGAUCUUUUGAUUGAAAAUUAUGAAAAAAGGUCAAUACAAAGGGCUAAAACCUUUGAACAGAAGUUUUUGUUGUUUAUACCUAAUAGCUGCUUUCAAGGGAUUGUUGAAAACUUUAUAAAUAAAAAAAGUUUUGCCCAAGGUAUUGUGUGAUCUAGCAGUUUAAGUUCCUCAGCCUUUGUUGUAAAAAUAGGGUAUGUGUAUAUCAUUUCAUUCUACAGAUUAUAUAUUUGAGCAUGUAUACAUAUACAUAUGUACUAUAAACUGUUUUAAUUUAAAGGAGUGAGUAUCACCUGUGUUUCUGUUUAUUUGCUUUUAGCUAAAGGCAGUUAUGCUUCUGACUGAAGAAAACCAAAUAUAGUUUCAUACCACUUAUAUUUGGGAAGAUAAAAUUUUUUUCCCCUUUAAAUCUUUCUUUGUCAAAAAGCAAAUGAUUGUUAAGUAUGUCUGGAUUUGGAUUUGAACAUUAAAAUCAAGAAGUUCAAAUUAUGUUGGACAGUUUCAUGAAUGAUUUAUGGGGUUUUUGUUUUUUUACGCAGAAAGGAUUUCUUUAAACUGAGUUUAAAUACUCAGAUAUGGAAAUUUCCAUUGUCAGCUAACAGUUUAUAACUAAAAACAUUUGUAUAAUUAAACGGGCUGGCAUAUAUUUUUAUGGCUCUUGAUGUAUGAGUUUCUAGCUGUUUCUGAAAGUGUGGAUGCUGUAUAUAAGGAUACACACAGGGGUUGCUGACUGAAUGUGAUAAACGUAUUGAAAGCAUGUGGCACAUCUAGAAGGUCAACUCUUACUUUGUAGCCUUUUUCACUUUUAAGCUUAUAUGUUUUAUGUAUUAAUCUGUCAGUAUCUGUUGAUUUGGGGUCCUUAAGCAAACAGCCUGGAAAACUGGGGAGACAAAUCUGGAAAAGUGAAUAGGAUUCUCUCCCCUACUCAGCACAGCCAAAUUCAUUAAAAGAGUUGUCCCCAUUGUCUCACUCUUUCAACUUCACAGCUCACUCUGAUCUGGCUCCCUCCAUCAUUGCUUUGUUGAGGCAGUUCUCACUAAAGUCACAAGCGACCUCCAAUUGACUAUACCUAAUGUCUUAGGCUGAGUUCUCUAAAGAAGCAAAACCAAUGAAGUGUAUAAAUAUAUAUAUAUGGAG